AUGAGACCACGCGCAGGUGGCACUACCGAUUUCGCUGGCCUGGACGGCUGCCGGAGCUACGUGGCGUGUGUGGAGAUGGCGCUCGGCCCCGCGGUCCUGUGCCUCACCGCGCUGACCGAUCCUGACGUGCCCAGGAACUUCAGGGUGACCGCUUGGGACAGCAACAGCGUGACCGUGGGAUGGGACUGCCCCCCGAGCGACCCCGCCUCGGGCCUCACCGCCUUCCUGCUCACGGUCUUCCACGUGGACGGCUCUGGCCACGUCCUGGAGGAGAGGAGCUUCAGACACACGCUGGGCAGCCCGGUGUUCACCGUGGGCAGCUUGCCUCCCUGUAGCAGGGUGCAGCUGGGGCUUCAGGUGGUGUGCCAGUCUACGGGCCAGUCCCGCCUCAGCAGGAUGGUCCUCAGUGAUGGAAACUCUGCAAACUCUGAAAUCAUAAACCUACACCAGUCCUCCUUUGGCUCCCACAACUAUACGGUGAGCUGGUCUGUGCAGAACAUCUCCUCCAUCUCCAGCUUUAAGGUAUACCACCAGGGGGAGCUCCAGAGCUCCACGCUCCUCACCUGGUACACAGUGACAGGCCUGCUUCCCUGCCACCAGUACAGCAGCAGGGUGGAGGCCCUGUGUGGGGACAGCACGGUCAUGAGCGUUAGCACCAUCCAGACAAAAACAGGCCCUGGUGAAGUGUUGGAUCUCAGAUUCAGACAGAAGGACUCGAUAGCCCUGUGGAGCGGCAGGUCUGGGGUGGGCGUGGCCUUCUUGUACCGCCUCUCUGAGAGGGGCGGCCCGAGCGUCCGGAAGGGGAGGCUGGCAGGCCCCCCCCUGCCUCUGCCGGGCCUGAGGCCUGGCUCCCCGUAUGACCUGGAGGUGGUGCCAGAGUGCGAGGGUGGCGAGCGUGGAGCUCCAGCUGUGCUCUACUUCAUCCCAGAGGAAGUCCCUGGCAGUGCCCCCAACGAUGCCCCUGGAGACAUCCUGCUACCCAGAGUUGUUGACUCUGCAGACCAAACAACAGAUCGCCUCGGACUGCAGGUUCACCUCCCCAGCCAUGAAAUGUUCCUUGUUGUGCCAUGGACAAUGCCGCCAUCGCUGGAGGAUCCGAGGGCAGAAGCUCGAGUCCUGCUGGAGGGCAUUAUUAAAAGCAAGCUGCAGAACUUACUGAGUAAGUUCUGGCCAAAAGCGGAGGUGCAGCUGAUCUCGUUUGAAGACAGCGAGAGGAAAACAAAAACCAAGAUCACUUUUGAAAGCUUUGAUGUUUCCAGCCAGGAUGGGGUAGUGAUCCUCCGCCCUGAGGAGCAGCUGCAGCAUAUUAUCUCUCUCGGCCACGCCCACAUCACCGUCACAGACGACAGCAUCUACUGGGACGACCCAGAUGAGUGUGACUCCCCCGCCCUGAACAAGUGCGGCUCCAACUCCGUCUGCAUCAACACCCUGGACUCAUUCACCUGCGUGUGUGAGCCGGGGUACUACAGCCUGAGCCCCAUCCUCAGCCCCGCCUGCCACGAGAAGGGGAUGUUCACGCUAUGCCUGAAGGACCAUGUAUCUGGGGGCAUCUCCAAGCCUUUCCUCAUCCACUACUUUGGCGGGAAUGUGACUGUUGUCCUCAAUGAUGGUCGCUGCUCCAUCAACGAGACGGACAAGUUUUAUUAUUACAGGAUAACUGGCGCCCCCUCCCAGUGUGGAGGCCAAACGCUUAUUAACAGGACGCAUGUGGAGUUGAGGAACGCGCUGACUGUGACGCUCAGCAGCGGGAGAUCCAUCACACGGAGGGACCUGAAGGUGCUGUGGACCUGUGCCUACCCGCUGCUCCAGACCAGCACAGCCCGCAUGAAGCCUGGUCUGGACUGGGUUACCUCUCACAGUGUGGUGCAGGUGAAUUCGUCCCGCCUCCUGGAGAUCAGCAUGGCCUUGUACAGUGACUCAUCUUACACAUACAACUACACUGGCCCUGUGGAGCUCCCUUCUGCAGAGCAGCUGUACAUCCAGGUGACCCUGCACUGUGAAGACAGCCUGGCCUACAACAUGAGCCUACAGCUGGAGUCCUGCUGGGCCACACAGACCGCAGACCCACAAGAGGAGAAGAAGGCUUUUUUCCUGAAGGGGGGCUGCCCAAACGACAGAACCUUCCGCUGGUACCUCCAGAGCAGUUCCCCUCAAAGGAAGAGGUUCUCCAUUCAGAUGUUCACCAUGUCUGACCUCUCCCACAUCUACCUUCACUGCCUGAGCAGAAUAUGCAGCCAAGAUGAGAACUGCACAACGAACUGCUCUCCCAGGCAAAACCAAAAGGCGAGAAGAGAUCUACCGGACAAACUCACAGCUAUUCUUUCAGCAGGACCCAUCUCUGCAGCAAAGAGGAAACUGACAAACUGGCCUGGAGCCCAGAUCAUGCUAUCAGUGGCCGGAGGAUUGAUUGGCCUCUUUUUUCUGACAGCACUGGGUGUGCGUGCAGCACACGCUAUAACACAGCGCAACUCCGGACAUCAAUAAAGUGUGUAUACCUGC